UGAUCAGAGCAGCAGUCCUUAUUUAAGAGAGGAGACAGUUGCUGUUGAUUCAUUUUGCAGCAGAGCAACAACAGCAAGAUGUUCCGACGAUUUAAGGAACUAUUUGAUGAACCUCAGAGAAACACGGAGCAUCCUGCUCAGGCAGCUGAGUCUCCAACUCUGGAUGAACCGUGGAGAGAACUAUGCUGGGGAGAAAAACAGAUGAAUCUUCAGUAUGUGCAGGAAUACAAGCCUGAAAACAAUGACAUCCGGUACCUUCGAGUCCUCCUGUAUGGACCCGUCGGAGCUGGGAAGUCCAGUUUCAUCAACUCUGUCAGUAACGUUGUUCGAGGUCGGAUGACGAUUCCUGCUUUGGCCAGUGCGACCACCUCCGACAAAAGCUUCACUAAAAAGUAUGAAACUCAUAAAUUAAUGAAAGGACGAGGAAGCUCCAAGACUUUUUAUCCUGUGGUCUUCAAUGACAUCAUGGGUCUGGAAGAUGGGGACAGCCGUGGAGUUCAUGCUGAUGACAUCAAGCUGGCUUUGAGAGGAAAUGUUAAGGAGGGCCACAAGUUCAGCCCAGUUUCUCCACUAACUCAAGAUGAUCCAGGCUACAACCCGACCCCCUCUGCUGAUGACAGAGUUCAUGUGCUGGUCUGUGUGAUGUCUGCCAACGCUCCACAGAUUAAAUCAUCAGUUCUGGAGAAGAUGAGUAAGAUCAGAGAAACAGCCAGUGACCUGGGAAUUCCUCAAAUGGCCAUGAUGACGCACAUCGAUGAAGCCUGUGGCGAAACUCAGAAAAACCUGAAGAAUGUGUACAAGAGCAAGCACCUGAGAAAAAAGAUGAAAGACUUCAGUGCAGCAGUGGGAAUCCCAAUGAACUGCAUCUUUCCUGUGAAGAACUACAGCGAAGAAAUCGACCUGAACGAUGAUGUUGAUAUUCUGAUCCUGAGCGCCCUGAGGAAAAUUAUCGACUUUGGAGACGAUUUCAUCGAGAAGAUUUAAGCUGAGUUUUAGAGGCAACCUUAAGGUGGAAGAAGUUCAGUUACAUAUACUGUAUAUUGGAUACAGUUAAGGCUUCAUUCGGUUGCUUUAAGCUAGGUCAUUUUAUAUUUUGGAAUCCUGCUUUGGAAAUAAAGGCAAUGCAGCAUUUA